UCUGCCGUAUUACCCAAAACACCAAACAAACGUACCGAGAAAAGCGAAAGUAAGGGAAGAGAAUGUAUAAAAAAUAAAAAAAAAUCACCCAAACGCUCCCACAAGAUUAAAAUCCAAGUCGUUGAAAUGUCUAUCUUCUCUUCUCAUUUCCUGUGCUUCGUUCCUCCGCUUCAUUUUUCCCCUCUUGGAAUUUCUCUCAUCUCUUGAGGAUAGAUAAGUAUCAGCUUUUGAGGCGAUAUAAAUGUAUGGGAAUUCAUCAUCUGCAUAUCUGGGGGCUACAUUUCUGACCUUCUACUUAACAGGAGAGUGUUGUCCUUGGUAGGUUUGGCCUAAGAUUGAGCUGAAUUUUGCCCUUGCAUUAAGUUAACUCAGCUGGAAAUGGGAAUAUAUCUCAGCACCCCGAAAACUGAAAAAUUAUCCGAAGACGGUGAGAAUGGCAGGCUUAGGUUUGGUUUGUCCUCAAUGCAAGGGUGGCGUGCAACUAUGGAAGAUGCACAUGCAGCUUUGCCGGAUCUCGACAGUCGCACGUCAUUCUUUGGUGUUUAUGAUGGCCAUGGAGGUAAAGUAGUUGCGAAGUUCUGUGCAAAGUACCUCCACAAUCAAGUUCUCAAGAACGAAGCAUAUUCAGCUGGAGAUUUGGGUGCUUCUGUUCAGAAAUCUUUCUUCAGAAUGGAUGAAAUGAUGCGUGGACAAAGAGGCUGGAGAGAGUUGGCUGUAUUGGGUGACAAAAUAAAUAAGUUCACUGGCAUGAUUGAAGGAUUGAUAUGGUCCCCCAGGAGUGGAGAAGCUCAUGAUCAUGUUGAUGAUUGGGCUUUCGAGGAGGGUCCCCAUGCUGAUUUUGCUGGACCAACAUCUGGAAGCACUGCCUGUGUUGCAAUCAUUCGAAACAACCAACUUAUUGUUGCAAAUGCUGGUGAUUCUCGUUGUGUAAUCUCAAGGAAGGGUCAGGCAUACAACUUGUCUAGGGAUCACAAGCCGGAACUUGAGGUGGAGAGAGAAAGGAUCCUAAAAGCUGGUGGUUUCAUCCAUGCAGGGAGGGUUAAUGGAAGCUUAAACUUAGCAAGAGCAAUUGGAGACAUGGAAUUCAAGCAAAACAAAUAUUUGCCUGCUGAAAAGCAAAUUGUGACUGCAAAUCCAGACAUAAACAUUGUUGAUCUUUGUGAUGAUGAUGAAUUCAUUGUUCUUGCAUGUGAUGGCAUUUGGGACUGCAUGUCAAGCCAGCAACUUGUAGAUUUCAUAAAUGAACACAUAAACUCCGAAAGCAACCUCUCUGCAGUAUGUGAGAGAGUUCUUGACAGAUGUUUGGCACCAUCAACGGCCGGUGGAGAAGGAUGUGACAACAUGACGAUGAUUCUGGUGCAGUUCAAGAAACCCAUCAGCACCACUGCCAGUGGAGCCGAGCAGUCAUCUGAGCUCGAAGAAGCUGAAUCGAAGUCAGUCGAAACGAGUUAGGGCCAAGAUAAUCAAAUGGUGCUGUUUUCACGCACUUGAGAUUGGUGGGGGCACACAUGAAAUUUGAUUUUCAUGGUUUCUAUGUUUCAGACAUGAAUUUCUCAUCACAUAUCUGUAAAUGUAGGUGAUUAGUACAAAUGAUUACAUAAGCACUCAUAGCAUGUUCGUGUGUAGAUUCGCCCCACUUAACCGAUGGAUCAUUUGAAUAAAGUGUACAGGUACUGCUGAUCA